AUGCCUUACCACAAAUUGAUACCUACCGAUGUUAUGCCUACCACAACGUCCAUCACUGAACAGAUUCCAUCAGAGGACCCUCCGCCAUAUUCUGUUAUUGAUCCUAACCUCCAAGUACCUGAAAACGUACGCCCACCUGGCGGCCCGACCCCUGUUACAUCAUUGGGUUGCUUCAAUGGUGCUGCUGUGGAACGUUCAUCCGAGGCACCGGGCUCAUCACUCUCGACAUCAACACUCCCAAACACUAGUGCCUGUUAUGGCUCUACUUUACCCCCCGUUGUGAUUACCGCGGAACCCGUUUCCUACCAAGAACAUGAGGUUGCAGGACGGGACCCAUAUGUGACCUAUUGUCCUCAGUGCUUCCAGAUGGUCCUCACGCGCACCGACCCACAGGCGGGAGAACUUACCUUCAUUUGCUUUAUCUUCUUACUAUGCUUUAUCGGCCCGUUUGCUCUUCUGGUUUGCUUGUUCGACACCUGUAAAGACGUCGCGCAUUUCUGCCCCACGGCACAAAAUUGGACAAUCAUCCAUUGGACAUUCAUUCCUGCUGCACACCACACUUUGAUUUUCCUGUUGCUUCAGUAUGUAUUUCUUUCCAAUACUCUGUCUUGA